UACUUAAAUGUGUAGUUUUGUAAAAGAAUAUGACGUCAUAGUAAUCUGUGUAUUUUAAAUAUGCUGGACCAGCUUGACACGUGGUCAGGUGAGCCCAAUCACUCAUAGACAAGUGGAAAUCAAAUGCAAAACAUGACACUAGAUAGUGAAUUGUAGCGUCUUGUUAUGUGUGUCUCGUCUCGCUACAGGAUAAUAAUAUUUAUAGGGGUGUCCAGAAUAGGUGACAUAAAGUACAGUCCUAACCUCGACUACCAAUUAUAUCUAUGGAAUAUUCCAUAUAAUGGAGUAAUUACAACACCACGCGCCUUAUUGUGCAUUGUACACCAAUUAAUACACCCGCAAAUUACAUUGACAGGUGGGCCUACAGAAGAGUCUCCCGGUGUACCGACGAAGUGCAGGUCGUGUCGCGUAGCCUUGGUCGCCACCUCGAGAGCCUUCGUGUCUUGGUGCCCUUUGCUCUACUUGGAUAGGUUGUUGGCGCCGAGGGCUCUAGAGUCGUAUUGUAGCGAAUUGAAGUCCUUCAUCAGCGCUGAUCGUGUGAGGGCCUUCGCCCAAUGCGUGCCCUCAUCAUGGUCGAUUGUUGGUCGCAGUCGAGGGACUCUUUGCUCGCUGUCCUGUAUACUAGUUAGUUAAAAACGAAAGAAAAAACCUUUGCUCUAUGAUCGAGGUCAUAUUCGGCCUCCGCCCAACAAAAUAAUCAUUUAAAAAUACUCAUAAUUGUUUUUUACAUUCUAAAAAGAUUUAUAAUAAAUACAAAACAAGUUACUUAUUAGUACUACCUAUACAAUCACAAAAUGGUGUAAACUCAAAUCAUCUUAGAUUUAAUCAAAUUUACUUAAAAAUACUAGCAAUUAUUAUAUUAAAUAUAUGUAUCAGAUUUAUCAUAGAAUAUAUUAUUAUUUACCCUAACCCAAAGCAUUUAAAUAUCUACUAGGUAUAAUCCCAAGAUAUAUAAAGUAAGCAACCAACUUGUGGAGGUUCUUGAUGCAAAAUCCACCAUACCAUUUGACCUCUGACUAGUGUGCCCCCUGCCCCACCCCUCACCAAGACACAGCCUGGCCGCCAAAUUAAACUUGACCACUUCCUCUCUCUCUCAACUCCAAGUCUUCUCUCUCUUUCUCUCUAUUCUUUCCAUCCCCGCUUCUCGGAAGCUCAUCAGCCAUGGACGACGCCGCGGGAGAGGAAGAAGCUUCGAUGUUCGAGACCAGCCAUGUCCUUGGCGCCCUGCUGGCCUCCUCGCCGCUGCUGGCGUCCGCCUGGGACCGCUGUACGACCGCCACAGCCGCGGCGCCCGGGUUCGUGCACGGAGAGGACGGCGGCAAGGUGUACGUGGGGUUCUCCGGGGUGCAGGCCGCGCUGUCUGCGGCAGGCGCGGCGGUGGCCGGUGGUGGCGCCGACGUCUUCGCGCCGGUGGGGCUCGGCGGGGACGCGGCGGGGCGGAUGUUCGCGCCGCUGCUCGCGGCCGAGCCCGACUCGUCCGCUGCUGGGGAGCCGGUUGCCGUGCAGGCGCUGGCGCUGCAGUGCUUCUUGAAACUCUGCGGUAACCCUGAUUUCCAGAUGCUUCUGAAUGAGAUCAGGGGUAAGGCAGUCAUGUUCACGGGCCACUCCCUCGGUGGCGCCAUUGCCACCCUCGCGGCGCUACACUACCUCUGCAUCUCAUCUUCAAGCUCACCAUGGUCACCUGCUGCUCCUGUCCUGUGCGUCACCUUUGGAAGCCCGCUACUAGGCAAUGAGGCACUGUCCAGGGCAAUCCUGCGUGAGCGCUGGGGUGGUAACUUCUGCCACGUUGUCUCACAGCACGACGUCGUCCCAAGGCUCCUCUUCUGCCCCCCGGACGCCGUCCCUGCGCAUAUCAUUGUCGGAAUGCAACUGGAUCAAUGGCCGGCCCGGACUCGCCACACAGGUGCGGUGAACACGGUCACCACACGCAUGGCGGACACUGACAAGAACGCGCUCCAGCAGCUGAUACAGACACACAUGGCCGCUGUGGCCAUGGAGCAGAAGCUUGCUACUCCUGAGACGACAGGUGGGAGUCCUUACCGGCCGUUUGGGACGUACGUGCUGUGCUCCCCAGAAGGUGCGGCGUGCGUGGACAACGCGACCGCGGCGGCACAGAUGCUGUACGCCACCUUCGCAUCUCGGAGUUCGCCCGGUGCAGAGUCCCCGGAGGCCGCGCACUCCUGCUACGGCGAGCUCGUGCUGAAAAUGCCACAGCACCUGCUCCUCAAGAGAUGCCUGCGUGUGGACGACACGCGUGCCACGCCCAACUACGACGACGGCGUCUCCCUCGCACUGGAGGCCUCCGGCAUCGACGCCACGGCCAUGGAGGCAUCGACAGCGCGGCAGUGGCUGAAGACAUCGAAGCGGGCAGGGCGGCGGCCGAGCCUGAACUGCGCUUGCCUAGCGACGCAGCUUGGCCGGAUCACGCCUCUCCGUGCGCAGAUCGAAUGGUACAAGGCGGUGUUCGACGCGGAGAUGGGGUACUACGACGCGUUUAAGCAGCGCAGGUCGCCCAGGAAGUACUCCAAGGUGAACUUAAACCGCAUGAAGCUGGGCCAGUUCUGGGACGGCGUGCUCACUAAGCUCGACGCCGGUCAGCUCCCCCACGAUUUCCACCGCCGCGCCAAGUGGGUCAAUGCUGCCCGUUUCUACCAGCUCCUGGUCGAGCCUCUCGACAUUGCCGACUACCACCACCAAGGCCUCCAUCGGACGAGCGGGAGCUACAUGACCCACGGCCGGGAGAGGAGGUAUGAGCUGUUCGACAGGUGGUGGCAGGAGAAGGCAUGUACGGGCGCUGGCGGCGACAUCACGUCCUCCAUGUUGGCAGCGUCGGCGAGCAGCCGGAGACGCAGCAAAUACGCCGGGCUCACGCAGGACCCGUGCUUCUGGGCGAGAGUGGAGGAAGCGAGGGAGGAGACGGAGAGCGCUCGGGGCGAGCGCGACGUGGCGGAGCUGGCGAUGAAGCUGGAGGAGCUGCAAGAGUUCGAGCGCUACUCCCGUGAGCUGGUGGCGAACAAGGAGGUGUCUGUUGACGUGCUCGCGCCGCAGUCGAGCUACACGCUCUGGGUGGAGGAGUGGAACCAGCUCAAGCUCAGGGAUGAGGUGAGGACACUGUUGCUCCAGUUUUGAGCUGAGUUGCAAACAGCUGAUGAAUUUGUAGAUAGCUGGUGGGCAUUCUCCAAAUGGUUCAGAAGUACAUGAAUCAUUUGAUCAUUGUCCAUGGAUGCUACUAUAUAGCUGAUUGUAAAUAUAUCUAAACCUAGAAACAUUGCAGUGGAUUACAAUAUAUUUAUUCUUUCAUGGGUACCUUGAUGGCCCGAUA